AUCUACUUACAUAUCUAUCUACCUACUUUAUCUAUACCUACCAACCAAGAAUCAAAGAAAUCAAAAUGGCAUCCAACACCAACCCCGGCAACUUCGCCAACCGCAGCUACGACGAAGUAUCAGAUAUCGCCAAAAAGGGUGGUCAGGCUAGUCACUCGGGAGGUUUUGCGAGUAUGGAUCCUGAUAAACAGCGCAACAUCGCAUCUCAAGGUGGUCAGGCUUCCUCUGGUAGUUUCCAGCCUGGAGAUCCGAGAGCGAGAGCGGCGGGUCAGAAGGGUGGAUCGAGGACUCAGUAUGAUCAGUAUGAUGAGCCGGAGGAGUAAACUCUCUUCUUAGUUCAUGUCUUGGGGAUAAGGGUUUGACUUUGAGAUUGAUGGGAUGAAUGUAUGUAUGGGUUUUAUGUCAUGUGA